UCGACAGCGAGUGCUUGAGCAACAUCACGGAGUUUCUGAAGGGUUGCGCUGUGUUUCGCGUCGAGCCAUUCGAGGCAUCUGACCUGCUUCAGGGCCAUAACUUUAGCAAAGUCCUCACUACACUAGUUGCCCUCAAUAAAGUGACUGCAGAUAUUGGCAUCGACAGUGACUCUGUAUGUACACGCACCGCCCACCGGAUCAAAUCGUUCGAAUCUCUGGCCUCCCAGUCUUCGCUGGGCCGAUCUUCUAAACUGCUUCAUAACCAAUUCCGUAGCUUGGACAUGACGGAGAACAGUAACGCUCAGUUAGUGGUGAAAGCUCGCUUCGACUUCCAGCAGACCAAUGAGGAUGAGCUUUCUUUCAACAAGGGUGACAUCAUCAAUGUUACCCGCACAGAAGAAGGGGGAUGGUGGGAAGGAACUUUCAACGGCAAGACAGGCUGGUUUCCAAGCAAUUACGUCAGAGAGGUCAAAGGAUUCGACAAACCAGUGUCUCCUAAAUCUGGAACUCUUAAAAGCCCUCCCAAAGGUUUUGAUACCACAUCCAUCAGUAAAACAUACUACAACCUGGUGCUACAGAACAUUCUAGAAACUGAAACGGAGUAUUCAAAGGAGCUCCAGAACAUCCUGUCCAACUACCUGAGACCACUACAGAUGACAGAAAAACUGAGCACUUCAGACGCCAGUAUCAUCCUCGGGAACCUGGAGGAGAUCAGCACUUUCCAGCAGACUCUGGUCCAAUCACUAGAGGAAUGCACCAAACUUCCAGAGUUGCAGCAGAAAGUGGGAGGGUUCUUCUUGAAUCUCAUGCCUCAGAUGAGAUCUCUAUAUGUGUCUUACUGCUCCAACCACCCUUCAGCAGUCAGCGUUCUCACUGAUCAUAGUGAAGAACUUGGAGAGUUUAUGGAGGCGAGAGGUGCGACCGUCCCGGGUAUUCUCACGCUGACCUCGGGCCUCAGCAAACCCUUCAUGAGACUGGACAAAUAUCCCACAUUAUUGAAAGAGCUGGAGAGACACAUGGAGGAGGGUCAUCCAGACAGGACAGAGAUUCAGAAGUGUAUGGCAGCUUUCAAGAAUCUCUCUGCACAAUGUCAGGAGGUGCGGAAGCGCAAAGAGCUCGAGCUUCAGAUCUUGGGCGAGACGAUUCGGCUGUGGGAGGGGGAAGAUAUCAAGACUUUGGGUUCAGUGCUGUAUAUGAGCCAGGCCAUGGUCCAGAACCACGGCUGUGAGGAGAGACAUGAGCGUUACCUUCUGCUGUUUCCUCAUGUCCUGCUCAUCCUGUCUGCCAGUCCAAGGAUGAGUGGCUUCAUCUACCAGGGCAAGCUGCCUUUGAACGGAAUGACAGUGACCCCAUUAGAAGACUGUGAAAGCCAUAAAAAUGCUUUUGAGCUCUCUGGAAGCAUGUUUGAAAGGCUCCAGGUGAUCUGCUUUAACAAACAGGAUCUACAGGACUGGCUCGAGCACCUGAACAGACAGACCAAGCAUACCACCAUGGCGGCUCCCAGCAUGAAGCCCCUCACCGUUCCCUGCCACACACUUCCGUCCCACCCGCUGACACCAUCCAGACAUGCGGAAAGCCGAAGCCUGACGGUCGCCCCUGCUUACCACACCCUCCCGCACCCCUCCUCUCAUGGGGCUCCUCACAGCACAAUGAUGUGGGGUCCCCUGGAGCCCCCCAAAACCCAAAAACCCUGGAGCUUGAGUUGCCUGCGUCCAGCACCUCCACUCAGACCUUCAGCUGCUCUCUGCUAUAAAGAGGACCUCAGUAAAAGCCCCAAGACUAUGAAAAAGCUGCUGCCCAAGAGAAAGCCUGAGCGAAAGCCGUCUGAUGAGGAGUUUGCACUGAGGAAGAGUACUGUAGCUCUGGAGGAGGACGCUCAAAUUCUCAAGGUGAUUGAGGCUUACUGCACGAGUGCCAAAACCAGACAGACCCUCAACUCGACAUGGCAUGGCACUGACCUCAUGCACAACCACGUUUUGGAUCAGUCCAGCGUGGACUCUCUGGGCCGCCGUAGCAGCAUCUCCAGGCCAGAGGCCACGUCGGAUCUAUCAGAGGACUCGGAUUAUGACAGUAUAUGGACGGCUCACAGUUACAGGAUGGGCUCUGUUUCUCGACAGUGGAAAGAUGCCGGUCCAGCACUGAUAGUUCCUGGUGAGGAGAAAUUCACUGUAGAUGAGUUGAAGACUAACGGUCAGGCUCUGGAAGAAAAGAGUCUUGUGGAUGUUGUUUAUGCCCUGCGAGAUGAGGUACAAGAACUUAAACAGCAGUGUGAGCAGUGUAUUCUGCGCCCCUUGAGAACUUCAGGACAGCGUUGGAUUGUGCUCACAAACUUCUGCCGGUCCUCUCGUGGGAAAAGUAUUGGAUUACUUGAAGCAAGGGGCGACAUGCUGUGGCGGUCAGAGGGCAACUGGACCCUAAAGGAUUGAGUUUGCAAAACCUCAAGUUGGAGUUUAAACCCCAGAUCAUGACCAGUUCUGGAUUUGUGUUACCUGCUUAUUAAGGAUGAGGAUUGCUGUAUAUGAACCGUUACACGGCAUAAACGGUGGAUUCGAUCUUUCUGUGGACAUGGACUCCUGUCGUGUCACUUACAUUUUUCACAGGCAAACUUAAUCCGGUCAAAUUUUCUGCAAAUCCAACUCGUGAGAUUGUAUGUUUAUGACAGUUUUUGUAGGCGUCCUUCUGUUCUUAUGUGACCUGCAACUUUCUCUCCAAAUAUCAAAGGACUCGAAGUGUUUUUGUGGUAGUCAUUGCUCACCUCUCCCAAUCCUGCAACUGCAACAAUGAAGAGUGCUACCAUGAAAGUGAAACAAGAAUGUCAUUACGAUCAGUGGAUUUGCGUUUUCCUGAAGAACUUGUAUAGGAAUUACAGCACAAGAACUUCUGGUGGCGCUGCAACACGAGGACACUUGAAUAAAUCGCCUAUCAACAGCAC